CAAGCUGCUUCGUAUGGUUUUAAGGGUGAAUUUAACGUCGGAAGAUGCUAUCGAGAAGAUUAUGUAAUAAGCAAGGUGAUUGAUUAUGAUGAUGCUGUAAAAUUCAUUCAUGCUGCGCUUAAACAUUCGAAUGAGUGA